CCGGAAGUGACUCUAGAGGAGGCGGGUAGGCCUGUGGGUGGAGCUUGACACUGCUGCGUGACCUCUUCCUCACUGCACAUCGUGUGGCAUUUGGAGGAAAAGUGUAGUUUGGUCUGCGGGAGGCCGCACCAAUGUCCUCCGUGCUGUCCUACGAAAGCCUGGUCCACGCCGUGGCCGGAGCCGUGGGUUUGCUACAUAACUCGUACUGGCCUCAGACUCACUAUGUGGUCCAGGCUGGCCUUGAUCCUCCUGCUUCAGCCCUUUGAGUGCUGGGAUUAUAGGGAAGUAUGACCGCAAUGACAGUGUUUUUUCCCUUGGAUACAGCUAGACUUCGACUCCAAGGUAGGCUGUACUGCGAUCCUUCUAUUUGUACUUCCUGUGUAGCUGGGAUGACAGUUGAUGAGAAAAGAAAAUCCAAAACUACACACAUGGUACUCCUAGAAAUCAUUAAAGAAGAAGGCCUCCUGGCACCAUAUCGAGGGUGGUUUCCAGUCAUUUCCAGUCUCUGCUGCUCCAAUUUUGUCUAUUUCUACACUUUUAAUAGCCUCAAAGCAGUCUGGGUCAAAGGCCAACGUUCUACUACUGGCAAAGAUCUAGUAGUUGGAUUUGUUGCAGGAGUUGUGAAUGUUUUGCUAACAACUCCACUCUGGGUGGUAAACACCAGACUGAAGCUGCAAGGGGCAAAAUUUCGCAAUGAGGAUAUUGUACCAACAAACUACAAAGGCAUUAUGGAUGCUUUCCACCAGAUUAUUCGAGAUGAAGGGAUCUUGGCUUUGUGGAAUGGCACAUUUCCUUCCUUGCUGUUGGUCUUCAAUCCUGCCAUCCAGUUCAUGUUCUACGAAGGUUUAAAACGGCAGCUUUUAAAGAAACGGAUGAAGCUUUCUUCUUUGGAUGUGUUCAUCAUUGGUGCAAUAGCCAAAGCUAUUGCCACCACAGUCACCUAUCCCAUGCAGACAGUACAAUCAAUCCUGAGGUUUGGACGUCACAGACUAAACCCAGAAAAUAGAACAUUGGGGAGUCUUCGGAAUGUUCUCUAUCUUCUUCACCAACGACUUAAGCGUUUUGGAAUCAUGGGACUCUACAAAGGCCUUGAGGCCAAAUUGCUUCAGACAGUCCUCACUGCUGCUCUCAUGUUCCUUGUUUAUGAGAAACUGACAGCUGCUACCUUUACCAUAAUGGGGCUGAAGAAUGCACACAAGCACUGAGAUGCCACAGGAAAGUGUGAAGAUGCUCCAGAUGCAGGGUUUCCAUCCAGUGAGGAGAAUCAAUUCUCCUGCUCUGGCUCCUUCCACUGUAAAUGUCACCCUGAUUGGCUGAAAAAGCUCCAAAGGGUAAACAGGGAGUAUAGCUAGGCAGCUGGACCUGUUGCCAACUUCAUUUGUAUGAUGGCUGGUUGAAUUUAGGUGUGGUGGUUGGACUAAUAUGAAAAGAAAACAUUGAAGAACCUAAAAAUGAAAAAUUGUGGAGUUUAUUGGUUUUCUUAAAGGGGGUGGCAUUAAUCUCAUAUGGAGUCUUUUUCCCUUUGAAGUUUUUCUUAAAUUUGCCAGCUGUUCUCAUUCCCUGAAGGCUCUCCCAGGUUCUAGGACAAAUUCAGUAACAUGUAAUUCUCCUCAGAUACUUUUACAUGUCCUAAUCUUGGUAUUCUCCUCACUAAAAAUAAUAUCAUGACUGUGCCAUUUUUGUUGGGCUUUUUCUCUCCUGCUUAAAGAGAAUUAAGUAAGCUAUUUAUUUUGUGGGGGAAAUGAAAAUUAUUAAUCACAAAUGACUGCCUUAUAAACUAUUUAUAAAUGUCACUUAUUAGUAUUUGACAUAAUUUUUAAAAAUAUUUAUUUUGAAUCAAUCUUUUAUUACAAAAGACUUGAGGUUUUAUGUCCAUUAAUAUAAGCUCCAAUCACUUAAGCCCCAAUAAAUUGUCAGCACAAAAGAUGUCCUUGAAGGUUUCUCUUUAUUAAGGUAUUACAUUGGGUGUACAACCAGAUGGUAAAAAUCACAGAGAAGGGCAGG